CGGGACGAAGUCACGUCUAAGAUGAGAGAUACGAGUACAUUUAACGAUUUAUUUUACGUAGAAAAACCUUCUAAAAGACAAAACCUCGACGCAGUUCGAUUACAGAAAAGUUAUAACUAACGUAAAAUAAACUAAAUGGAUUGGAUGACAUUUGAAGACUUUAAAACAUUAACACAUGUAUCUCCAGCACUUACCAAUGAUAAACUUACGAAAGCUCUGACCGACUGGUUCAAAGAAGAUGUUUCAUUUACACAUUGGGAGUAUGUGAGUGAUACCGGCAAAGGGGAUUCAUAUUUGAGUGAAGUUAUACGAAUAAAAAUACACGGUACAACACAAGAGGGCGCCACAAGAUGUGUACAAGUUGUUUUAAAAACGAUUCCGAAGAAUGUUUGUAGACGACUAACAUUUAAAAGCCAUGAGUUUUUCAAAAACGAAAUUAUGUUCUAUGAAAAAGUAUUACCAGCUCUAUUGGAAUUUCAAUCUAACAAAAAUAUGAAAGAACCAUUUGAUAAAUGUGUGAAAUUGUUUCUCACACAUUGUGAUGGCGUUAACGAUGUUAUUUGCUUAGAGGAUGCAUCAUUAGAGAACUAUGGCAGUGCUAUUCGUCAAGAAGGGAUUGAUUUUGAACAUUGUUCGGUUACCGUAAAGAGUUUAGCACAAUACCAUGCAAUGUCUAUUGCUAUGAGAGACCAGAAACCUGAAGAUUUUGAUAGAAUAAGUAAGGAAAUAUUCGAAACAUAUUAUGAUGAACGAUUAUGGGAUUGGUACAGCCGUUUUUGGUAUAGAAUCAGUAAUAUUGCUAUUGAUGCGGUUGAAAAAGAAUAUCCCAACACUAUUUAUGUAGAUAAAAUAAAAGAAUUUGCAGUCCCUGAACGUUAUAGAGACAUGAUAAGAGCUGUAUCAGACAAAACUAACGGUGUUAUAUCUCAUGGCGAUUCUUGGACAAAUAAUUUCUUAUUUAAAUAUCAGAAUAAUCGUCCGAUCGAUGCUAAGAUAAUCGAUUUUCAAUUAACUCGAUGUGCGAGCCCCGUUUUGGAUUUGGUAUUCUUUAUAUAUGCUUGCACGAGUCAGGAAUUAAGAGAAAAACAUUAUGACGAAUUAUUAAAAUAUUACUACAAUGUUCUGGCAACACAGAUAAAGGAUAUGGGCAGUGAUCCAGAUAAAGUUUACUCAUAUGACGUUUUUAUGGCAGAAAUAAAGAAGUACUCAUACUUUGGACUCGCUUUCAGUUUUGAAUCUACCCCCUUCAUAAUUUUAGCACCCGAAGAUGCUGUCAAUAUGGAAAUGACGGGUGAAGAAAAACUUAACAUAGAUGACUUUUGGCAAAUAGGACCGUUUAAAACCAAAGAGGGUAGACUGAGAGAGGCUAAUAAUGUUGUACAUUGUGUGGAUAAUGGAUACAUAUAGCAGUCAGCUGUAACAAUUUUAGCUAAUACAAGCCUCCGAAACGGCGGUAAAAUUUGACAUCUGUCAAAACUGUCACGUUACAUAUGAAAGUAUGAUUGUCUAUGGUUUUUCGAUUAUCUGUCUUAUACAGUAUGUUUUAUAUUUAUUUUAUUACAAAGUAUGAUGUUUAGAAAUAAUUGAAAAGAAAAUACUAAGUAUUAUUUAAUUUAACUAAGUCACAAAAUGCCAUCUGAGAAACCAAUUAUAGUAAAAUGUAACCAGCAGUUCCUAAUUAGAAUCUAUGGUUUAGUAAUAUGUUUACUGCAAUGACAAUUUUGACAUGACAAUCACAAUUCUCAUAAAUAGAAUCUUCCAAUAAGAGAAUUUCUUAAUAAUUGAUCUAUUUUGUUUCCAAGCAUUCCUUAUUUUAAUUAUUUUUCUUACCCACCAAAAUAUGUUUUUUUAAAUGUUUCUACCAUGUAAUAGAAAAAUAGGACAUA